AUGUUUUCCCGCAUCUCUGCCCUCUCUGCCCUCUCUGCCCUUGCCCUCGCUAUCUCAGGGUCGGCGGCAUCUGUCAUAUCCAGGCAGGCUACUUGUCCUCCUGCUAUGCCAGUGAACCUUUGCUGCGAUGCUCUCGUAAACGGUCUUGGUAUCCCCUGCCACGCUCCCCCUUGCACUACUCCCCCUGAAAUUGAUGUCUGUUGUGCGUCGGAGAGCACGAUUGAUGUUCUCGGAAUAGAAAUCGACAUCGGAUUGAACUGCACCAACGCUUGA